AUGGAGUCAGAAUUCCCAAAGGAAUUGCAAUCCAAAGCGUUCGAAGUUCUAAGCUCAAAUGACAACAGCGCAAUGGAAACUCUCUUCACACACAUUUACUCUCAGCAACACCAACAUCAAUCCCAAGCACUCACAUUCCUUCAAUGCUGCAAACGCCACCACCCUGAUCUUCUUUUUAUCAAGCUCUUCUUCCUUCUACGUUGCAGCCCCCACGUCGAAACACGAGCCAACGCUGCACGCGCCCUGCUAUUCCUCAAACCCGCUGAACUCUGGCCCAAACUGAGGCCUAUCGCCCAGGCCCGUCUCAAAGCCCACUUCAUCACUUACCUCACGGAAGAAUCUUCAGUCCACGUCCUCAGACUCGCGUCACUCCUACUCGCUGAAACCGUUUCCGUUAUACACAAAACCCACCAAAAUUGGCCUGAGAUUCUCGACUUUUUGUUGUCGUCUACCGCUUCAAACGCCGACAACUCCCGCGAGCUCGCGCUUUUAGUGUUCGCUAAGUUACCAAACGACUGCCGUUUUCUCGUUUCCAACGCGUUCCGCGAAAAAUCCGGCGCCGUACGCGCGCUUCAUUCGUCGUUUUUGACUUCCCUUGCGUCGUCGAACCCCGACGUUCAGGUCGCGUCGUUUGGCGCCGUGGUGAGUCUCGUGCGCUUGUUCUCUGAACCUUCGCUGUUCCACGAGCUCUUGCGCGCGAUUAUGGUUGCCGUUUUCGCGCUAUUGCAUGGCUUCGAAGGUACCUAUUUCCGAAGCGCGUUUGCGGAGUUGAUAAAUUUGGUUUCUCAAGAGCCUCUGCUUUUGAAACCGUACAUGAGCGACAUGGUUCUUGACGUGCUUCAGAUCGCGGAGAGCAAUAGUUUGAAUAAGGAAUCGCAUUGUUUGGCGUUUGAGUUGGUUAUGGCAAUGACGGAGGUGAAGGAGUGCGAGCACGUGUUUCUCAACGUUCCUCAAAAGACCGUGCGUAGGUUGAUCUCUGUUCCGAUGAAGAUGCUGCAGUGCGUUGCGGAGGAUGAUGGCCGCGGUGGCGGUGACCGUGAUUUGGAGGGUACGAAGGUUGAUGUGUACGAAUUUGGGAUGAAAUGCUUGAAGAAGCUUUGUGUCGCACUCGGAGGGAGUAAAGUUGUGCCUAUAAUCCAUGAAGUGUUGCGCCUUCACUUCGAUGAUGCGCAAUGGAAGGUUCGCCAUGCAGGAAUUACGAUGCUAAGUUUGAUCGCAAAAGAGUUCUCCGAUGAAAUGGUAUUGAUGGAGAAUUUUCUAGGUGAAGCGGUGACCAAAGUUUUGAAGUUAUUCCAAGAUUCCAAUGUUCAAGUUCGGUUGGCAGCUUUUAAUUUUAUGGAGACGCCAACGAACUUUGUUCAGGUGGUGCAAAUCUUUUACCAUCACAGGCUUGUUCAAGCUUUUUCCAUUGCACUCGACAGUGAUCAGGACCAUAAAGUGAAGGAACAAGCUGCCUCAGCAAUGCUAUUCUUUCUAAAGAACACCCUGCCAGAAAGCUUGACAUUGAACAAGAAUGUGGAUACUGUAAUGGGCAACUUGUUGUCAUUGCUUCUAGAUAAAGAAAGUGCUAAACAAAGACGUAUUGCUUUGUCAACUUUUAACGUAGUUGCACAACGGUGUCAUGAAGUGGCUCAGAAGUACUGUGCAAAUUAUCUUCCGUUCUUGUUGGAAGCAUGCAAUGACAAGGAUUCUGAAAUCAAAGAGGAAGCAGCUAGGGGAAUUCGAAUUUGCGCAGAGUUUGGAACACCGCAGUUGAAGCCUUUUGUCAAUAGGAUAUUGGCAGAACUCAGUAUUUUAAUGAAAGAUCCAAAUCGAUCACUUUCAGAGAAUGCAAAAGCGCAUGAUAUUGCAGUUUCCGCUCUAGGAAGAAUUUGUGAAUUCCAUCGUGAAUGCAUUGAUGGCUCUAAGAUUGUUCCUGCUUGGUUAAGUUUCUUGCCACUUAAAAAUGACUUGAUCGAAGCCAAAGUUAUGCAUGAACAGCUUUGUUUAAUGGUUGCAAGAUUAGACAAGGAUCUCUUAGGAGCUGGUAAUCAAAACCUAGUUAAGAUUAUUACAGUGUUUCUUGAGGUUAUUGAUCAGGGAGACAAAUUAGCUACAGCACAAACAAUCAAGCAGAUGAAUAGUUUGCUGAGGCAGCUUGGGCGGCAAAUACCACGUAGUGCGUUUGAUACAAUUUUAUUGUCUUUGAAUGCCCAGCAACGGGAAUUACUGUUGCCUUUGGUAACUUCCUAG